CAGUUGGAAGAGAGAAGAAGUCACUACAGGGUACUAAGGAAAAGCUUUGCUGAAAUUGGAGAUCAAAUACCAGCUCUGCCAGUAAGAAGUUGCAUCUCCCAGUGAAAUGCUGCUGCUGCCAUUUCAACUGUUAGUUGUUCUCUUUCCCGGUGGUAACAGUGAACAUGCCUUCCAGGGGCCGACCUCCUUUCACGUCAUCCAGACCUCGUCCUUUACCAACAGUACCUGGGCACAAACUCAAGGCUCAGGCUGGUUGGAUGAUUUGCAGAUUCAUGGCUGGGAUAGCGACUCAGGCACUGCCAUAUUCCUGAAGCCUUGGUCUAAAGGUAACUUUAGUGAUAAGGAGGUUGCUGAGUUAGAGGAGAUAUUCCGAGUCUACAUCUUUGGAUUCGCUCGAGAAGUACAAGACUUUGCCGGUGAUUUCCAGAUGAAAUACCCCUUUGAGAUCCAGGGCAUAGCAGGCUGUGAGCUACAUUCUGGAGGUGCCAUAGUAAGCUUCCUGAGGGGAGCUCUAGGAGGAUUGGAUUUCCUGAGUAUCAAGAAUGCUUCAUGUGUGCCUUCCCCAGAAGGUGGCAGCAGGGCACAGAAGUUCUGUGCACUAAUCAUACAAUAUCAAGGUAUCAUGGAAACUGUGAGAAUUCUCCUCUAUGAAACCUGCCCCCGAUAUCUCUUGGGCGUCCUCAAUGCAGGAAAAGCAGAUCUGCAAAGACAAGUGAAGCCUGAGGCCUGGCUGUCCAGUGGCCCCAGUCCUGGACCUGGCCGUCUACAGCUUGUGUGCCAUGUCUCAGGAUUCUACCCAAAGCCCGUGUGGGUGAUGUGGAUGCGGGAUGAGCAGGAGCAGCAGGGCACUCAGCUAGGGGACAUCCUGCCCAAUGCUAACUGGACAUGGUAUCUCCGAGCAACCCUGGAUGUGGCAGAUGGGGAGGCGGCUGGCCUGUCCUGUCGAGUGAAGCACAGCAGUUUAGAGGGCCAGGACAUCAUCCUCUACUGGAGAAACCCCACCUCCAUUGGCUCAAUUGUUUUGGCAAUAAUAGUGCCUUCCUUGCUCCUUUUGCUAUGCCUUGCAUUAUGGUAUAUGAGGCGCCGGUCAUAUCAGAAUAUCCCAUGAGCCGUCAUCAUGUCUCCUCUCACAUUUGCAAUAAGUACCAAGAAGCCCAAGAUAUCAGCCCAAAAGUCAAUCUUAUCAUACUUCAAAUGAUUAUCAAAUCUGAUGAAAUCAGAGUUUUCAUGUAUUUUAAAAUAAAUUAUUAUUUAAACAUCAGCAAAAAAGUACUUAAAACUGUAAAUUUAUUAUGAGACUGUACUAACAGUAUGAUUCGCCCAGAUUUUACACACAUUAAAAUGUUGGAAAGAAUGUGUCUCAAAAUAAAUGAAAUAUAAUACAUAUGA